AUACGCAAACAUGCAUCGCAAUCCCAAGAUCAAGAUAAGCUGUUCCUACUGUAUUCGUUAUCGCAAGAUUUAAAACGUGUAUAUUUUUUUAUUAUACAUAAGUUUUAAAGGUUUUUGUGCAGUCAAUUUUUCUUGACUAUUAUCUGAUAUUUUAUUUAUAAUCAAUAGCAAAAAAUGCUGAUCUGUAUGUUUCAAGUGUUCGUUCGGAAGUAUCAGACUCAUACAAUUCGCUACUUUGUUGAACUCAUCAAUUUGCACCCUGAAGUGUUUUGACAUAUUUAUACAGAGAUUACAAGAUUCGAUUAAUUUUUCGAUAUCGACUUAAUGGUGCUUAUAAUGUUGAUUUGAACACCUCUUGACGUUAUGAGUAAGAUUAUUGUAGAUCAAUAAACUUUUACAGAAAUUAAAAGCAAAUAAAAAAAACUUGAACAAAAUCAAUUCUCAAACCAUAAGCGAACACACCAUUUGUGCUAUUGAUUUUAAAAAAUCAUUUCGAAGCGAUUGCGAUUUGCCUAUUUUGCAUUCUUCUAACUAAUUUUUAAUAUCGUUCCGAAAUGUUUUUUCAAUUGAUAUCAGCUGUUUUGUAAUAGAGUUUUGCAAUAAAAUUAACAGCCAGAACGAUCAAAAACCUAAGAUGGGGGAGAAAUAAUUUUUCAAAAACUUCUUCCACACGUGAAAUUUCGCAGAAAAAAAAAUCCGAAUUCCUACACACACACACACACACACACACACCUGGAAAAGCGAAGUUUUUGAUCAAAAGAAGCAUUUUCAGAAGAAAAAAAACCGAAAAAAAAUAUUUCAAGACCAAGGUUUGGGUUAAGUAGGUAGAACCAAUAAUUUUCAAACGAAUGGCUUAUGAUUAGCCGAUUUAAGGUAUUUAUCAGUGUCCGAUAUACUAAGUAGGUGUUCUUAAUCCAGAUAAGUGAAGUUGCGUUCCAAGCAAAAUGGGUUAAUGCCAGUGAUUUUAUUUGAUCAUUUGAAACCAUGGUCUCUUCGGCUCUCUUUUUUUCUCUUCAGAAUCAUUAUUUUCAGCUAUUUUCGUUUUGUACCAGAUAAAAUGUUGCCCGAAAUGAAUAGAUCUAGAAAGACCUACCUUAUCAAUAGAAUAUAAAAAACGAGAAAAAAUGAACCGCUGAAGAUAUCUACCGAUAAUUUCGAAAGAAAAAAAGGAUCGAUAAGAAUUUUCGAUGUCACUUCAUAGAUAUUUAAUUUGGCAUACACAGAUGAGACGAAAAGAUUAUUGCAAAAUAAAUUCUUUUCCAUGAAACGAUUCGAAUUUCCAAGAAAUUAGAACAACAUUGACUUGGGAAUAAAACGGCAAAUUCAAAAACACCGAACUGUCACUGCAGCCAACCGGUAAAAAUGGCCAUCGGGCGAAUUCAAUACUACCACCGUAACAAACAAACAAAAAACCAUUGUACGGCAGUAAAAGUGCGGCAAAGUCAACGAUUAACUGACAAUUGAACGCAGUGCAGGGACAAAAAACAACAUUAAACAAAAACACACUUACUCGUUGCGAUCGCAUUGCAGAGCGCAUCUUCAGGGAAUUUCUGCUGGAUUUUGGAAUAAGAUUUGUUGAGUUUACCUGCUUUAACUGUUGGAACAUUGUUCGUAGACGUGGUGUGAUUGUACAGUUGUGUUAUAAAUGUCAGUUUGACAAUUCGUUCGGUCGUCGACAAACGAUUUUCUUUUGUUUCUGUGCUCGAAUCGGCCACGGCACGACAAGUGAAACAAGCCCAAACAACCAUUGGCCUCUAUGUGAGCGUAAAAUAUUUUGUGUUUAGGAACAAAGAAUACACAAAGAAAUUCAGCUGUGAUGUUAACGAAAAAGAAGCGCAUCGGCGUAGAUUCAUCGCCGAAAGCAUCGGUUGGCAAGAAUGUGCAUUUGCUAACGAAGGAGACGAUGCAGGAUACGGUGAAUAUGAUCAGCACACCAACGAGACGGAAUCGAUUUAUGUUGGACCAUGCAAAUAUGAUGAACGAUGAUUCACCGGUGCUGUCACAAGAAUCCAUCAAUAUAUCUUGGCGAUGGAACAACGAGGGUACACCUAUUCGCCCCACGAACAAAGCAUCGAAACUGAGGCGAUCGAUAACAAAUAAUUCGCCACAUUUGCAGAAUUUGCAACGACUGAAGCGAAACAGUAGCGACAAUCAAAAUGGUACAACAGGAGCUGGUGUGUUGCCCAUGGUAAUUUCCGAACCAGAGACCCAUUCACCAAAAGGCCUUUACAAAUUUCAAGAGGAAAUGCGUAAAAUCCAAUUCGACAUCGAGUCAGAUACAUCAUGUGAUAAUUUUAAUAACGAUAAGUCAAUGACAGAGGCGGCGGCGACGUCGACGGCGACAUCGGAUACGGGCUAUCCAACCAAUAUGAAAGGUGUUGCUCAGGCAAAUAUCUUCAAUCAACAUACAGAUGCUAGAUGUAGUGAUAGUUUAGAUGUUCAUAUGAUGGAAAAAGCAGAGCCAGAAGCAAAGACACUAUCUCAGACAAAUAACUACGGACUGGACGAUAAUAUUGCCGAUGAUUUGUUAAAUGAUUCGGAUUUUGAUCAGAUCUUAUUGACAUGCAAAAUGCCAACCGAACAAAAAAAGGCUAGUGAAACAAUGACCACCAAUCAAAUGCAAACGAGCGUGAAAAAAGCGAGCUCAGCGCCAGAGAUCAAAGCAAGCGGCAGCAGUAAUAGCAGUGGCAGUAAUUGGAAUAUUGCUGCCGAAGAUGAUGAUGAUUUUUUCGAUGAUUUGGUGAAAGAUUUCGAUGUUGACAUCCCAAGCACGCUCAACACAUCGGCCAAAUUCACCAGACACAAAUCAAUGCCGCAACAACCACAAAAAUCCAACGCAUCAUCAACAGCCACAAAAACCUUUGUGCCACAACAGUCCAGCUAUGUGAAUAGCAAUCUGAAUCGAAAGAGUUUCAUACGACACGAGAGUAUGCCCAUCACAAACACCUCCAUCAGUCGACCAUCGGCAGCGAACAACAACAAUCACAUUUCGGUUAAACCAAAUUCGGCAUUUUCAUCAUCGCAAACGAGAAAGUGUACUUCCGAAGAAAUUGCCGAAAAACGAAGACAGGCGAUGGAACGAUUAAAAAGUCGGAAGCAGAACAAAGCAAACACUUGAAAUUCACAUAUUGAAAUUAGUCAUUUAAAACGAACAAAUCACAAACACUCUUUUUCCUAAAAUUCUUUUUUUUUUAUUCAAAAACUGAAACUAAUUUUUUUUUUGGAUAUUAGAUUUAAAAAAAAACUAUGAAUAUUUUGAUCGUGAAAUUAUUUUCUAUUAUGAGAAUUAUCAAUGCAUCAACAAAUAGCGAAAAGAAAUCAUAAUCCGAAUCAAGGGAUCAGAAUUCAGAGUAAAAAUUCCAUAUCCAUCGAGUCUGAAUGAUUCCAAAUGAUUCAAUUGAUUCCGGAAAAGAAAACAAAUGAAAAUUGUCGUCUUUAUAUUGUUUUGUUGAAAAUAUUGAUAAAACGACAACCUUGAACUAUGGCAAAUAAAAGAGAAACCAAUUUCAUAAUUUACAACUAAAUUCACAUUUAUAUUCGUAUAUUGUUUUAAUAUGAAAGAAUUUACCAUGAAGCAAUCAUGUGCCAUUCUGAUUCUGGCUUUUCUAAUGAAAAAAAUCAGCAAAAUAAAUAAAAACCACAGUAAUGAAAA